GAAGAAGGCGGUGGUGGCUGUUGGAGGAUCGAGCGCUGUUCUCGCUCUGGAGCCGCUGCACAGUUCGGAAUCUCCUGCAGCUUAUCCAUUGUGUGAGUAAAAACUAAAUCACAUCCAUAAUUCCACUGAACUGGGCACACAAAAACUGCCAUAUAUGUCACAGUAUACUGAAAAAGAGCCAGCAGCAAUGGAUCAAGAAUCCAGCAAGGCGGCCUGGCCCAAACCAGCAGGAGGAUAUCAGACAAUCACAGGCAGGCGAUAUGGCAGAAGACAUGCAUAUGUCAGUUUCAAACCGUGUAUGACCAGGCAUGAAAGAAGCUUAGGUAGGGCUGGUGAUGACUAUGAAGUGUUGGAACUAGAUGAUGUUCCAAAAGAAAAUUCCUCAGGUUCCAGUCCAUUGGAUCAAGUUCAUUCUUCUUUACCCAAUGACCCUUUAUUUGAAAAAACUGAAGCAGAAAUUCCCAUUUGUGAUACAGCAUUGAAUCAAACCAUUGAGAGCAGUCCAUCCUUUGCUGCAGUACAUCAUAGCGAGGAAGGCAGGGAGACUUUAGGAAGCAGUACGGAUCUUCACAAUCAUUCUGAGGGAGAAUAUACUUCAGGAGUUUGUAAUGCUUCAAGUGUCCAAAAUGGAAUUACAUUGGUUCAUACUGACUCUUAUGAUCCAGAUGGCAGACAUGGAGAGGAUAAUGACCGUCAUCAGCUCUCUGCAGACGUUGUGGAAGGUGGUAGAUAUCAGGAAGCAUUGGGCAAUACAGUGUUUGAGUUGGAAAAUGGAGAGGUAGAGGCAUAUAAUGGUCUUUCACCAACAGUUCCCUCUUUUAACUGUGAAUUAAGAGAUGAGUUUGAAGAGGUAGAUUCAGCACCUUUAGUGAAAAGUUCAACUGGUGAUCCUGAAUUUGUCAAUCAGAACAAUCAGGAAUUUCAGAGGUCCUCUUCUGAAGAUGAAGUGGUUAGAAAGAAACAACAAAAUAAUACUAGCCAGGAGAGACAAAGAGAAAAUUCAGUUGAAGAUUCAGCCUGUGCUCCCAGGCAUAUUUGCAGUGAGCAAAAUACCAGUGACAGGGGCAAAAACCAGGGAAGUUCUCCUGAACAGGUAGUGAGGCCCAAAGUUAGGAAACUGAUAAGUUCAAGCCAGGUGGACCAAGAAACGGGUUUUAAUAGGCAUGAGGCUAAACAAAGAAGUGUUCAGAGGUGGAGAGAGGCUUUGGAAGUUGAGGAAAAUGGGUCAGAUGACCUCUUAAUAAAAUGUGAUGACUAUGAUGGAGAACAUGAUUGUAUGUUCUUGGAUCUGCCUUUCGCAAGAGUUACACAGAGGGAAACAGAAGAUAACCAAAUAACACCAGAAAAUGGAGCCACAGGAAGGCAAGAAGUUGUGGAUAACACGUUUUGGAAUGGCUGUGGAGAUUAUUACCAACUGUAUGACAAAGAUGAAGAUAGUUCAGAAUGCAGUGAUGGAGAAUGGUCUGCCUCUUUGCCUCAUCGAUUUUCUGGUACGGAAAAAGAUCAGUCCUCAAGUGAUGAAAGCUGGGAGACUCUGCCAGGAAAAGAUGAGAAUGAACCUGAACUACAAAGUGAUAGCAGUGGUCCCGAAGAGGAAAACCAAGAAUUAUCUCUUCAGGAAGGGGAACAGACAUCCUUGGAAGAAGGAGAAAUUCCUUGGUUACAGUACAAUGAAGUCAAUGAAAGCAGCAGUGAUGAAGGAAAUGAGCCUGCCAACGAAUUUGCACAGCCAGAAGCUUUCAUGUUGGAUGGUAACAAUAACCUUGAGGAUGACUCCAGUGUGAGUGAAGACUUGGAUGUGGACUGGAGCCUGUUUGACGGCUUUGCAGAUGGACUAGGAGUUGCUGAAGCUAUUUCUUAUGUGGACCCUCAGUUCCUCACUUACAUGGCACUAGAAGAACGCUUAGCCCAGGCUAUGGAGACUGCCCUGGCACAUUUAGAGUCUCUUGCAGUGGAUGUUGAGGUGGCCAAUCCACCAGCCAGUAAGGAGAGCAUUGAUGGUCUUCCAGAGACCCUUGUUCUUGAAGAUCACACUGCUAUUGGUCAGGAGCAAUGCUGUCCAAUCUGUUGCAGUGAGUAUAUUAAGGAUGAUAUAGCAACAGAGUUACCCUGUCAUCAUUUCUUUCACAAACCUUGUGUCUCAAUUUGGCUGCAGAAGUCAGGGACGUGCCCUGUGUGCCGCCGUCAUUUCCCACCUGCUGUGAUGGAAACACCUGCAGCUGCUUCCUCUGAGCCCAAUCAUGAUGCCCCACCUGCAAACGACAGUACUGCAGAAGCCCCCUAAGCCUGAACACUUGAAUGAGAUCGGUCUAUCAAAGUAAAUUUGCAGAUCCUUCUAAAAUAUCAUGUGCAAAUAAUUAUAUAUAAAUAUAUUUAAAAUGCUAUAUAUAGUCUAUGCCAUAGUUUAGAAAGAGAAUAUUAACCUUUCUGAACUAAAUUUAGGUUUGCAGAAAGUACUAAACAUUUUCAAGCUGAAUGUUGAAGUAGUGCAUUCAUUUUCUUUAGUUUAAUAUGUUAUUAAUUGUAAUGUCGAGCUUAUUGAUUAACUUUAUCCAGAAGAAAUAAUCAUCUGUGUGGCACACAUUAUUGGUUUUGUCUGAAGUACUGCCACUAAGUGAUUAUAAUUAAGUUUUCCUAUUUGCAUCAAAUGUGAAGAUUGUGAUCACAACAGUAGUAAAAUUUGGUUUCGUUGGAAAUAAAAAAGAAUUCUAAAGCA